AUGGAGAUGCAGAAUCAUAACCCUCAGAGAAGACCCCAGUAUCUCGUCUUCUUCUUCAUCAUGACUUUCUUCUCCUGGGGACAAGCUCAGCCUGGAUCCCGAUCCUUGCAUCCAGAACACAUCCUUGUGACCAACCGAGGAGUCCGGGUCCCCUUUGGCAGAUCAGCAUUUGUGGAUCCAGUGGAGGAUCUGGUCCUACAAGUACAGCCUGGAGACAAAUGUGUCGUGAACGUGCUGGACAAUGACCCCCUGUCCCAGAGACCUGGAUCUCUGACGCCCAAGAAGUUCCCGUGUGACUUUGGACAAGGAGAAGUGCGAUACACUCACCUGGGCUCCCGCAGCCCCCCAAAGGACAGAGUAAGGUUACAGCUUAGAUACGAUUCUCCCACAGAGACGCUGAUUGUGCCCUUUGUCCUGGAGGUGGAGGUCAUAUUCCAGCAGCUUGAUAUUGUUACUCGCAAUUUACCCCUGGUGGUGGAGAAGAUACAUGGACUUAGUGUGCCUAUUGAUAAGAAAGUUUUAGGUUUCUUCUAUGAUCCUGCUAAGGAGUCCUGCAGAAUCACUCCAUUUCUCGGCACAGGUGGGCUUCCAAGGUAUGGUCACUUAGUGAACAUGAGCACCAGUCACCAGCAGAGCAUUGAUUGCCAUACCUUUACCAGCUCAGGGUUCCGUUACCUGCACACAGCCCCUCAUAACUCCCCAAACAGAGAUUACCUGCCCAUGCGAGUAGAUCUGAAUAGUGCAAAUGGAGCAACUAGGCAAGAACACUUCCACCUGACUGUAAGAAUCAAGGAGGGAGCUGAGAACACUCCUCCUCGUCCCAGCUUUGUGUCCAUGCUCAUGAUGGAAGUCGACCAAUUCGUCUUGACAGCCCUGACUCCGGAGAUGCUGGCUGCAGAGGAUUUAGAGUCAGAUCCUGGGGAUAUUAUCUUUAACGUGACAAGCCCCCUAGAUUCAGAAACAUCUGGCUAUCUGGUAAGCACCGAUGACCAGAACUUGCCCAUAACAUCUUUUUAUCAAAGAGACUUAACUGAGUUGAGGAUCGCCUACCAGCCACCAUCCAGCGAGUCCUGGCUGGAGAGGAUCCUGCAGCUGGAGAUGCAGGUGAUAGACACAGAAGGUGCUUCCUCUGAAACAUUUGCCUUCAUGAUCGUGGUAAAGCCUAUGAACACAUUUGCCCCCCUUGCUACUCGCAAUGCUGGACUCUGGCUUCUAGAGGGCCAGUCAAGACCUCUGUCUGGUCCAGGGUCUGGAAUUAACAAUUUGGUGAUCAGUGAUGAGGACAAUCUAGAGGAGGUGAAAGUGAGUGUGGUAGGUGGACUUAAACAUGGACAACUAGUUCUGGCACAUGGGACCAAUGUUGCUAACAGUGGUGGGAAUGGCUUCACAUUUACUCCACAAGACCUUCAUUCUGGACUUGUCAUUUACCAGCAUGAUGGUAGUGAUACUUUCAGUGAUAAUUUGAUUCUCCGACUGGAUGAUGGAAAACACCAGGUGGAGCUACUUUACCCCAUCACAGUGUUCCCUACAGAUGAUGAACCCCCAGUUCUCAAUGCCAACACAGGACUUAGCCUGGCAGAGAGGAGCCUGGCUCUUAUCUCACCCUUUAUUCUUAGUGCUACAGAUAUUGAUUCAGAAGACUCCACCAUUCUCUUUGUGUUGCAAGAACCAUUUAGUAAGUUGGGAGAAUUAGUGCUCAGACAAACUGAAACCCCUGCAGAAAGUGAGGAGUGGAUACACCUUCCUGAGGAAGAACUGUAUGAAAAGGUGGUAAGGGAGUGGUAUCAAAAAGAUAUUGUAGAUGGCAGACUCUACUAUAGGCAUGUGGGUCCACACAGUGCUGAGACAGUGUUCGAUCGGGUGCUGUUCAUGGUGCUGGAUGAUAAUGAUCCACCCAACCAUUCUGGACUGCAGGUUUUCACUGUGAGGAUAGAACCUGUAGAUGAUAUUCCUCCUGAAUUAUUCCAAGGAACAACUUUACAUAUGACUGUUAAGGAAUAUGAGGUUACCCCUUUCAAAAGAAAGCACCUUCGGUAUACAGAUAUGGAUACAGAUGAUAGAAAUCUCAAGUACACCAUACACAGCCAUCCAAGGGAUACUGACCCCAACCAUCCAGUCCUUACUGGUCAUGUAGUAUUCACAGACCUGCCAGAUAUCCAGGUAACCUCUUUCACUCAAGCUCAAAUUAACCAUCACAAAAUUUCCUACAGACCUCCAGAAAAGGAACUGGGAAUUGUUGCAAAGGUUUUGCAGUUUAACUUCACUGUGGAAGAUGCUUCAGGUAAUUCUGUACAAGGCACAUUUACAAUGUUUUUGCAACCUGUGGAUAACAAACCUCCUGAAAUCACCAAUACAGGCUUUACUGUUCAAGAGAGGGCUUCUUUCAUAUUUACCAAGGCAGAGCUUGAUGCCAGAGAUGAGGACACUGACACAAAGAACAUUAUGUUCAGUUUAUCUCAAUCUCCAGUACAUGGUCAGUUGCAAUACCAAGGUGAGCCAAUGUCAUUGGGAGAUUCAUUCAGACUUCUUAACAUAGAACUAGGUCAUAUAUCAUAUGUCCAUAAUGGGGAUGAAUCUGACAGUGAUUCCUUUUCCUUGGUAGUUAGUGAUGGUAUUCAUAAAGUCCCUGUUACAAUCAGGAUACAAGUUAAGCCAGUAGAUGAUGAGGCCCCAACAUUAAUGCUUCCUGGUGGCCUUUUGGGAUCUUCCUUAGAAGUCCUGGAGAGGGGAAAAACUGAGAUAACUACCAAUGUUAUCCAAGGCACAGAUCCUGACACUGAUGAUCUAAUGCUUACUUUUAUUGUGGAGGACCCUCCUAGAAGAGGUGAGAUAUUGGUAAAUGGUGUUCCUGCUGAGAGAUUCACUCAACAAGAUCUUCUAAAUGGAGAUGUCAUGUAUGCACAUACUUCGGGAGAAAUAGGCCUUGAAAAGCAGCAGGAUUUCUUUAACUUAACAAUUUCAGAUCUUUCAGAUGAAUGGGAGCUAGGAGGGAACAAAGUGCAGGGUGUUAAAGUACAUGUCACCAUACUACCAGUGGACAGUGAAACCCCUAUAGUAAAACUGGGAGAUCUAUUUUCUGUAUUAGAAGGUGGUAAAAAUAUAGUAAUGCCUGAAAACCUUGAUGCAGAAGAUGCUGAUACUCCAAAAGAUGAAAUAUUGUGCACAAUCAUUGUCCAGCCCUCAUCUGGAUAUAUAGAAAAUAUCUCACCUGCCCCGGGCUCUGAAAAGUCUAGAUCUGGGAAUCCAAUUAGUGCAUUCAAUAUAAGAGAUAUCCAUCUUGGUCAUAUAUAUUAUGUUCAAAGUAUUCACCAAGAAGUAGAGCCCAUAGAAGAUAGGUUCACUUUCCGCUGCUCAGAUGGUGUCAGUUCUUCUCAGCCCCUCUUCUUUCCAAUUGUCAUAAUCCCAACCAAUGAUGAGAAACCAGAAAUCUUCACUCGUGAGUUUAUUGUUAUGGAAGGUAUGAGUCUUGUUAUUGACACACCCAUCCUCAAUGCUGCUGAUGCAGAUAAACCUGCAGAUGAGCUUCUUUUCAUAAUUACCAAACCCCCACAACAUGGCAGAGUAGUUCUGCAGCAAAGCAACUCUCUUAUCUCAAACUUUACCUUGGAAGAAAUAAAAGAGAGCUCUAACAUUGUUUAUGAACAUGAUGACUCAGAGACCAAGGAGGACAGUUUUCACAUUCUUCUAACUGAUGGAGAGCACAGUGUCGAGAAGAAAAUUCUUGUGAUGGUUAUUCCUGUAGACGAUGAAACACCUAGAAUGGCAGUCAAUGAUGGACUAGAAAUUGAAAUAGGAGAGACAAAGUUAAUUACAAACAAGGUGCUGAAAGCCACAGAUUUAGAUUCAGAUGACAAGUCUCUAACUUAUGUAAUUCAGUUUGGCCCAAACCAAGGGCUACUGCAGCGCCUUGACCUUGAUGGAACAGUCCUGGGGAACAUCUCAGUGGGAAUGAAUUUUACCCAGGAUGAAAUUGACAAGCAACUUAUCCAAUAUACUCACACAGGCCAAGAAGGUAUACGUGAUCUUAUAAAAUUUGAUAUCACAGAUGGAAUUAACCCAUUCAUUGACAGGUACUUUUAUAUUAAUAUUGGUAGCAUAGAUAUUGCAUUCCCAGAUGUAAUUAACAAAGGAGUCACAUUAAAAGAGGGAGGAAAAGUGACACUGACAACAGACCUCCUAAGCACAAGUGACAUCAAUAGUCCAGAUGAGAAUUUAAGGUUUAGCAUCACUAAAGCACCAAGUCGUGGACAUUUGGAGAAUACAGAUCAACCUGGUAUUCCUAUCACAACCUUCACCCAACUUCAACUGGCAGGUAAUAAAAUCUAUUAUAUCCAUACUUCUGAAGAUGAGAUGAAGAUGGACAGUUUUGAGUUUGAAGUCACAGAUGGCUACAAUCCUGUGUUUCGUACAUUCCGGAUUUCAAUAACUGAUGUAGACAAUAAGAAACCAGUUCUUUCAAUCCACAACCUGGUGGCGAAUGAAGGAGAAAACAAACUGAUUACUCCUUUUGAACUAACUGCAGAUGACAUGGACACUCCUGACCACUUGCUGCGAUUUACAAUCACUCAAGUACCAGUACAUGGUAACCUUCUGUUUAACAACAGUCGCCCAAUAACUACCUUCACCAAGCAGGAUCUGAAUGAAAAUCUGAUCAGUUAUAGGCAUGAUGGGAGUGAAUCUUUGGAAGAUAGUUUCUCUUUCACUGUAACUGAUGGAACACACACUGAAUUUUAUGUAUUCCCUGAUACAACCUUUGAGACACGAAAACCCCAAAUGCUAAAAAUUAGAAUAAAUUCCCUGGAUAAUGGUAUUCCCCAAAUUGCUGUCAAUAAAGGAGCUGCAACAUUAAGGAUCCUUCCUUCUGGACAUCUUGGAUUUCUUAUCACUAGUAAAUCACUGAGAGCAGAAGAUCGAGACAGCCCUAAUAAAUUACUGAAAUACAGGAUCACAGAUGGUCCAAAGCAUGGAGCUAUCAUCAACAUGGCACACAGCAAUGGCACAGCAAGAACAUUUACACAGGCCGACAUUGAUGAUUUAAAAGUCUGCUAUGUCUUAAAGGAUGGCGAGAAUUCUACAAGUGACAUUGUUCGAUUCUCAAUAGAAGAUAAUGGUGGCAAUAAACUAAGUAGUCAGCUUUUCCGUCUUAACUGGGCCUGGAUUUCACUGGAAAGAAAUCAAUAUACUAUAGAUGAAGAUGCCAAGUUUUUAGAAGUGACCCUAAAACGAAGAGGAUAUCUUGGAGAAACUUCAUUUGUCAGUAUUAGUACAAAGGAUGGAGCAGCAAUUACAGAUAAAGACUUUAAAGGAAAAACACAGAGGCAAGUCCAGUUCAAUCCAGGUCAAACAACAGCUACAUGGAAAGUCAGGAUAAUAGCUGAUGAUGAAUAUGAGGAAUCUGAGACCUUCCAGAUAAUACUAUCUGAACCCGUCAUGGCUGCACUAGAGUUUCCCAGUGAGGCAACUAUUGAGAUUGUGGAUCCUGGUGAUGAAUCUAUGGUAUAUAUUCCACAGUCAGAGUAUAAAAUUGAAGAAGACAUUGGGGAACUACUAAUUCCUGUUAAACGGUUGGGAGAUGUUAAUCAAGAACUUAUGGUAGUCUGUUCAACACAGCAAGGCACAGCUACAGGCACCAUCCCGUCAUCAGUUUUGUCUUACUCCGAUUACAUCACUCGCCCAGAUGACCACACCAGCAUUAUUCGGUUUGACAAAGAUGAGAAAGAGAAAAAUUGUCGCAUUAUCAUAAUUGAUGAUUCUCUAUAUGAAGAAGAUGAGAUUUUUAAUGUCACUCUUAGCAUGCCAAUGGGAGGACGAGUAGGGAAUGAAUUCUCCAGUGCUAAAGUGGUUAUCCUAGCAGAUACAGAUGAUGAGCCAGCCUUCUACUUUGCCGACACCGAUUAUGUUGUUGAUGAAAGUGCUGGUUAUGUGGAAGUUCGAGUGUGGAGAACAGGAACAGAUCUCUCCAAAGCGGCGACAGUCACUGUACGCUCCAGGAAAACCGAGCCCCUGUCUGCAGAUGCUGGAACAGAUUAUGUUGGCAUUAGCAGAAAUCUUGACUUUGCCCCCGGAGUGAACAUGCAGAGUUUUCGAGUGACCAUCCUUGAUGACUUAGGACAACCUGCUUUAGAGGGUCUCGAAAAGUUUGAACUGGUUCUUCGUAUGCCUGUAAAUGCUGUACUUGGGGAGCCAAGCAAAACCACCGUCACAAUCAAUGACACAAUCUCUGACUUGCCCAAGGUGCAGUUCAAGGAGCCAGUAUACAUUGUGAAUGAGAAGGAUAGGCAAGGAUCAGCUAUCAUAUACAGGAGUGGUGACAUCAGCCAAAAGUCCUCAGUGCGAUGCUACACCCGCCAGGGCUCUGCACAGGUUGUGCUGGACUAUGAAGAAAGGCCAAAUACUGAUGACUCUUUGGUAGUAUUUCUCCCAGGUGAGAUUGAUAAGCCAUGUAUAGUGACUCUAAUGGAUGAUACAAUCUAUGAAGAGGAAGAAGAAUUCAGACUGGUUCUUGGGUCACCAAAAAGUGACUCACAUUUCGGAGCUGCAAUUGGGGACCAAAAAGAGACACUGAUGAAGAUAAAGGAUGUGGAAGACAAACCCAUUAUUAGAUUUUCAGAAGUAAAAUAUAGCAUUAAAGAGCCUCAGGAAUUUGGAGAAAUUGCUGUUGUGAAGAUCCCCAUACUACGUGUUGGUGACAGUUCCAAAGUGUCCAUUGUAAGAGUUCACACAAAGGAUGGGUCAGCCACUUCUGGUGAAGACUACAAUCCAUUAUCUGAAGAUGUUGAGUUCAAGGAAGGGGACACAGAGCAUUUUGUUGAAUUAGAAAUAUUAUAUGACGGCCAAAGAGAAAUGCGUGAGGCAUUCACAGUUCAUUUAAAACCAGAUGAUAACAUGGUAGCUGAAACCCAGAUGAAUAAAGCUAUUGUGUACAUUGAAGAAAUGGACAGUGUUGCUGAUGUGACUUUCCCAGCAGUGCCCCAGGUUGUUUCCCUCAUGAUGUAUGAUGACACCUCUAAAGCAAAAGAAAAUCCAAGACCUCCAACUGGUUACCCUGUAGUAUGUGUAACGGCAUGCAAUCCAAAAUAUUCAGAGUAUGACAAGACAGGCUCCAUCUGCAGUGCUGAGAAUAUUAAUGACACACUUACUCAGUAUCGUUGGCUUGUCAGUGCCCCUAGUGGCAGCGAUGGGGUAACCAGUCCUAUGCGGGAAGUGGAUUCCAAUACAUUUUUCACUAACACCAAGUCAAUCACUUUAGACUCCAUCUACUUCCAUGCUGGUUCCAGGGUUCAAUGUGCUGCAAGGGCAGUCAAUGCUAAUGGAGAUCCUGGUCUAGAACUGAUGAGCCCCAUAGUUACUGUCAGCAAAGAUGAAGGUCUUUGUCAACCCCGUGUUCCUGGGACAGUAGGUGCUGAACCUUUUUCGGCAAAAAUUCGGUACACUGGCCCUGAAGAUCCAGACCAUCCUAACCUAAUAAAGCUGACUGUAACAAUGCCACAUAUGGAUGGUAUGCUUCCUGUUGUGUCAACUAGACACAUGUCCAACUUUGAACUGACACUUAGUCCUGAUGGCACUCGUGUUGGCAACCAUAAGUGUUCUAACCUACUGGACUACAAUGAAGUUCCUACCAAAUACGGUUUCAUAACGGAGAGCACAAAAAAUGGUGAACUGAUAGGUGAAACUUCUCCAUACCAGUACAGCACCGCUCUGAGAUCAGCUAAAUCCUUGCGCUUCUAUCAUAACCUCAACCUGGAAGCUUGUCUUUGGGAAUUCAACAGCUACUAUGAUAUGUCUGAGCUCUUGACAGACUGCAGCGGCACUAUAGGGACUGAUGGACAGGUAUUGAACUUGGUACAAUCAUAUGUUACCCUGCGGGUUCCUCUCUACGUCUCUUAUGUGUUUCAUUCACCGGUAGCAGUUGGUGGUUGGCAGCACUUUGACCUGCAGUCUGAGUUGAGGCUUAAAUUUGUAUAUGACACAGCCAUUUUAUGGAAUGAAGGAAUAGGUAGCCCACCAGAAUCAGAAUUACAAGGAUCCCUCUACCCAACUAGCAUGCGGAUUAAUGAGGAAGGUCGUCUAGUGGUGAAUUUUAAAACGGAAAUUCGCUUCCGAGGGCAAUUUGUCAUGUCUCAUCCAGGUACAUCUCUGACAUCUAUGAUCAUGUCUACUGACCACCCUGAGCUCACCUUCACCUUGAACCUUCUUCGCAGUGAGCCCAGCUUCCGGCAGCCUGUGCAACAGUGGAAUUUUGUUUCAGACUUUGCUGUGCGCGAUUACUCAGGAACAUACACUGUAAAACUUAUUCCUUGUAGUGCAUCUCCCAACCAAGAAUAUACUGUACCUCCUGUAUGCAAUCCACGUGAGCCUAUCACAUUUGACAUCGACAUUAGGUUUCAACAGGUCAGUGAUCCUGUAUCGGCAGAGUUCAGUCUCAAUACUCAAAUGUUUUUACUGUCCAAAAAGGAACUAUGGCUUUCCGAUGGCUCAAUGGGAUUUGGUGAAGGAACAGAUGUUGCAUUUUCUGAAGGAUCCACAAUUUAUGGACGUGUCAUGGUGGAUCCUGUUCAAAACCUUGGAGACUCAUUCAUCUGCAACAUUGAGAAAGUAUUCUUAUGUACUGGAGCCGAUGGUUAUGUGCCUAAAUACAAUCCGGACAACAAGGAGUAUGGAUGCCUUGCAGAUUCUCCCACCUUACUAUAUCAGUUUAAGAUACUGGACAAAGCUCAACCAGAAACCCAAGGGAAGGUAUUUGGAAAUGUUCCAUUUGAAGCUAAAUUAGCAGCAGACAGUCCAGAAGCUCUACCCUUGGUGAAACAGCCAGGAUCGGAUGGCUUUAGUAUGUCAUCAGAUGCCCUUUUUCAGGUGGCUGCUGGACGUGAAUGGUUCAUUCAUGCUAUCUAUACAGUCCGCUCCAGAGAAAAUGCAAACAGGGGCAUUGGAAAACGUAGUGUGGAUUACCACCACACCCUGAGUAGCACAGCCGUAGGAAAUGAUCAGUUUCUUUUGAAGAGAAGCAGAAGAGAAAAUAAGGAUAAUUUAGCACUUACUCAAGACAUUGGUGCAGAUAAGAACAGAGGGACAAACAUUCAGCACAUUGCUCUAAGAAACUCUAAAAGAGUCUCCGACAAGGACACUUUACCGGGCAGUGGACUAUAUGACAAGCCAUUUUUAGAAAUUACUGGCCAGGAUCCACAGGGCACUGUGAUGCCAGUCAUCGGAGGUUUGGCUGCUUUGUUGCUCCUGAUUUGCACUACAGUUAUCAUUAUUGUGCUACUAAAAUGCAGAGGACGCUCACAUUCUGAUAAAAAGACUGCCUCCAAUAGUCACUGCAAUAGCCGUGAAACUGUAACCACUAGAAACAGCAGCAGUGACAACUCGGAGGUAUAGAAGAUCGGACAUGAAGUUUACGUUCCUCUGAUUUCUUUGUGCCUAUACAUUUUGGUACUAUUUGGACCUUUUGAUAUAUCUUCUUUCCCCAACUAAAUCUAUCCAAAAUUGAUGAACUAUUCAUCGGCUGUUUGGUACCAAAACUAUUUCAAAUGUGUUGGAUAGGGAUAGCAAAUAUUUUCACCCGCUAUUAACUAUGGGUUCUCCAAGAAGCAAUUCAGCCUGAUUUCAUCUACAUAUCGAACCUGGCAAACCAAUUUAACACUCUCUAGUCUUAUUUAUCAUUAUAUAAAGGUUUUUACACCUCCUCUUUGAAAAAACCCUUUCAUCAUGUUGCAUUUGGCUAUUUGAGGGUCCCUCCCUCCCCCUCGUAAGCCAGAGCAAAAAGUCUCUCAGGUGGCCAUAAACAUUUGUGAAUGUUGACUGAACAUUCCGAUUUCGGAGGGACUGGCAAACCAUCUAAUGUGUACUGGAGUAGGCUGCGAGCUUAAAAUGGCCCUGAAAAAGAACCCAUAGGAGGCCCCAUGUUUGAGGCAGGUCCAAACUGACAGAAGACACAGCAGAACCAAAUAAUACAAUGCAGCACAAAAUACUGCUGCACUCACUACAGUAUUCAACUGUAUUACUGUCCUGAGGAUGGAGAUAUAGCUGACUUCAGGAGGACACCUGUGGUCAUCAGCCAGGAGCAUAAGUACCUGAUGCUUCUAGCAUUAAUUACUACUGAGAGCAUCAGAUCAUUAGGUAUCCAGCUGGUGCCCAUGAGGAGUGCUCAGGUACCCCCUCUGGCAUUAGGUAUGGCAUACUUAUCUUCUUUUAUGACAGUUUUCAGACAUAAAAGAAGACUGAAAUCUACGCUAGUUCCGAGCUGGCAUAGAUUUCACUUUAGGUGCACAAACUGCCAGGGGAUGAGCUGUGCGCCCCAUCAGAAAUUAGACGCAUUCCCUUUUGGUGCAGGGGAAAUCUUAGACCACCAAGGAAUGCUGAGAAAUCUGAGCACAGCAGAAAUUGGACCUUAGCUCCAGGCUAGAAUACAUGAUGCAUCUUAGUAUUUUGCUUUAUUUUUUACCUUUCCUAACAAAUAUUUUUAAACUUUUUGUGCAGACAGCUGUGAAUCUACAGUAUAAAUUGGCGCAAACGGACAUAAAUACACAGUGUAAAACAAGGCAUAAAGUGUUUUGUUUUUUUGCAAAUGGUGCUAAAACAAAAUGCACUAGUGAAUUAAUUUGUUAGAUAUUUUCCUAGUCAAUAACACUAUUUAUGACAAUGGUCUGUCUUACAUUUCAAGGGAUGUACGAUGUUUUUAUACAAUUUUUGCUAUCAUUGGAUUUUCUUCUGUUGUAUUUACUGCUGCUAUGGCAACACAAAGAAAUGUUCAGGAAUAUUUAUGCCAAUGAUCGUAUUUCAG